AUGGCUAAAACAGCAGAAGCAGCAUAUGCUUUGCUGGAUGACUUAGCUACAAACUGCUAUCAAUGGCAAAGUGAGAGAUCAAUCAUGAAGAAGGUAGCAGGUAUGUAUGAAGUGGAUCCCAUCAUAGCAUUGGCAUCUCAAGUGUUAUCACUUACCAAUCAGAUAACUACACUCACUACGCAAGGAAAUGACCAAAGGGCAAAUUCAGUUAUGGCCACUUUCUCAGUUUAUCCGGAGACAAAAAUGGUGAACGAACAGGUUCAAUAUAUCAACAGCGGAAAUUUCAAUCAGAGGGGCAACUAUUCUUCCAAUCACUAUCAUCCAGGGUUGAGAAACCAUGAAAAUCUUUUAUAUGGCAACAAUAGAAACACACUUCAACCUCCAACGGGGUUCAACAAUCAGCAUUCUGAAGGGAAACCAUCAUUAGAAGACAUUCUUGGAACUUUCAUCUCUAAGACAAGAUCACGGUUUAACAAAGAUGAGUCGAGCAGGGACACAGAAAUCAAUCCGAAGGAACAUUGCAAGGCCAUCACAUUAAGAAGUGGAAAGGAAGUCGGAGAAAAUAUGCCUACAGAAGAGACUACUACCACCUUUGACAAGGAGGAAGAACAACCAAAUGCAACACAGGAAAAUCAGAUCAAGGAACCCACACUUCCAUUUUCACAAAGAUUUCAGAAGAAGAAAUUGGAUGAGCAGUUUGCCAAAUUCUUGGAUAUCUUCAAGAAGAUUCGUAUUAACAUCCCAUUCGCUGAUGCUCUAGAACAAAUGCCAAACUAUGCAAAGUUCAUGAAAGAUGUGAUGUCAAAGAAGAGGAAAUUGGAAGAAUACCAAACAAUGAAGUGGACAAAAGAAUGCAGUGCAAUUCUUCAAAAGAACCCCCCUCAGAAAAGGAAGGAUCUAGGUAGCUUCACAAUUCCCUACACUACUGGAGACUCCUCUUUUGACAAAGCUCUUUGUGACCUUGGAGCCAGCAUAAAUCUGAUGCCACUCUCAGUAUUCAAGAAGUUGGGUCUCGGGGAAGUUAAACAAAUAAUGGUGACUUUGCAGUUAGCUGAUCAAUCCCUCACUUACCCAUGA